CUGACAGCUCGAUUCCCAUCUCCUCCCUCCCCUCUGCUCCGCCGAGGCACAGCAGCGGCGCCGGCAGCGAGAGAGAAACGGACACAGGAAGCGCGCGCGCGCGAUGAGCCCGCGCAGGCGAUCUCGCGCUGCCGGCUCCCCGCCUGGCGACGCAGGUCCGCCUCCUUCGCCGGGGAAGGCACGGCGGAUCCGGCCGUGGGCGGCGCUGGGGUCGGACCGGAGGGUGCUGGCGCUCGCGCUGGCGUUCCGCGCGGCCAACGCGCUGCUGGUGCGCACCUACUUCAACCCCGACGAGCACUGGCAGUGCCUCGAGGUCGCCCACCGCGUCGCCUUCGGGUAUGGCCACCUUACUUGGGAGUGGAAGCGGGGCCUGCGAAGUUACCUCCACCCGUUGAUCUUUGCUGCUCUCUACAAGAUUCUGGCGCUACUCCACCUCGACAACCCAUGGUUCAUGGUGAUGGCUCCACGUCUCCUGCAAUCUGUCUUUGCAGCUUUUGGAGAUCUGUACUUGUAUAAGCUUUCCAAAUGUAUUUUCAAUGUUCAGGUUGCCCAGUGGACAUUAUUUUGCCAGUUGGUUAACUGGUUCAUGUUUUUCUGCAUCCCACGGACUCUAUCAAACAGCUUGGAGACGGUUUUGACUGUGGCAGGACUCUAUUAUUGGUUUACUGCCAUAGAGUCUUCCAAGGGAACCUCAGUUAUUUCGAAGCAGCAGGCUGCCAAUAGACAAACUCACCCAUCAAGAAAAGUGGCUCUUCUGAUAGCAGCUUUAUCCUGCGCCAUUCGGCCAACAAGUGCUGUAACAUGGCUUUAUGUUGGUCUUUUGGAUUUUAUUCAGAUGAAAUCCAAAUGUCAUUUUGUUUUUCUUGAGGUCAUUCCAGUAGGGGUCAUUGUCCUUGCAGUAACAACACUCCUUGAUUGGUGGAUGUAUGGUUCCCAGGUCAUAGUGCCACUUAACUUUUUGAAAUUCAACCUCUUCUCUUCAGGAGGAGACUACUAUGGAACACAUGUCUUCCACUGGUACUUCACACAGGGGUUUCCAUCCAUGAUUUGGACAUUCUUACCAUUUGCAAUGUGUGGAAUUGUAAAGUCUCUGGAGUGGAGGAUUUCAGGUCUAAUCGCUUGGGUAUUAGGGGUUUACAGCAUACUUGGCCAUAAAGAAUUCAGAUUUGUUCUUCCGGUGCUUCCUUUAGCAUUGAUGUUCUCGGGAUAUUGCUUAGCUGCAAUGUCACAAUUCAAGGGCAAAAACCUUCAUGGGAAAAGAUGCCUUUCAGGGUUGCAACUUUCUGUUAUUCUGCUCAUCAUAACCAAUGUUCCCAUGGCCUUAUAUAUGUCGUUAUUCCAUCAAAGAGGAACAGAAGAUGUUUUGUAUUAUUUGUCAAAAGAAGCCCAUGAUGGAAGAGUGAAGAGUGUCCUCUUCCUCAUGCCUUGUCAUUCAACACCUUACUACUCUACUUUACACUACAACCUACCUAUGCGCUUUUUGGACUGCACUCCUAGUGAUAACAAAGGGACCUUGGAUGAGUCGGAUUCUUUCCUUACAAGCCCAUCUGAGUUUGUGGGUGAGGUUUUCGGAAAUUUAACUUCAUUCAGUCACAUUGUAUUAUUUGAGUCUGAAGAAAGACAUGUUCUCCACUUGCUUCUGCGCAAUUCUUUUCUUGAGGUCAGGAGAUUUUUCCAUUCCCAUUUCAAGGUUGACAGAGACCUUCAGUCGUCUGUUGUUGUUUAUUCACGGAGGGAUGUGUUAUGACUUAGUAUUGGUGUGGCAGAAAGGGCCUGUUAUCUCAUCUAACAAUGUCCACAUGUUUUGUGUUGUUUUAGUUUUUCAUUUCAGAAAUGAUCUGUAACAAUAUUGGAUACUUCUAAUAUCUGACCCCUUGAAAUGAGAUGUUAUGAUACUUUUACUCA